AUGCCACUUGUUGGACACUCAACAACCCCAACCCCAAUCCACCACACCCCCACCCUGCCCCAGCCCCGACGACCCACCCAGCCCCACCACACCUCACCCCAAACCAACCCACCACACCCCAACCCCAAUCCACCACACCCCACCGUGCCCCGACCCCAACGACCCACCCAGCCCCACCACACCCCACCCAAACCAACCCACCACACCCCACCCACCCCAAGCCCACCCAGCCCCACCACACCACACCCAAACCCAAACCCCAAUCCACCCAGUCCCACCACACCACAACCCAUACCCCGACCCACCCAGCCCCACCUCACCCCACCCCACCCCAACCCCCCACAUCCCAACUCCAACCCAUACCUCAACUUUGACCCCAACCCCAACCCCAAAACACCCACCCCAACCCCCGCACAUACAGCCUACCGGACGAAGGACUGGGAAACUCCUGAGAAAACUUGCCUCUCAAAAACUAGCCAACCCUCCGACUUGAGAAAUAUCCAUUGUACCUAUACAAAUAGUUCACCCCUACUUGGGAGAUAA